AAUAUAGAUGUUUUUGUGUGUGUGUCAUCGCAAGAAGCAGAGAGUCUGUUAAAUGCUGUGCAUAUAAGACGUGCAAGAUGCGAAAAUUGAGUGUAAACACUGGGAGCACUGGAAGAGUUUCCAAAACUCCUCUUGCCAAACGCGUUGCUCCACCUGCAGUCCCCGAUAUCUACCGCCAUUCAGGCAGCAGUUUUGGCUCCUUCGCAUCAUGCGACGAACUGGAUAAUCGUGGCGUUCCAACACUAAGUCACAAAUCUGCUGUACUCUACCAUCAGCAAAUGUCAUUGCAAGAGGACCAGGGAAUUGAUCUUCAGCAAAGUCCGGGUCGUGAUAGUCCAGGCUCUUCGUCUGGCAGCGCCGGCAGUGGCAGUCGACACUCCACAGUGUCCUUAGAUUCAGGUCGAGCUUCAUCCUAUCAUACAUCAUUGUCUACACGAGGGGCGUUGUCAUCACCGCGUUGCUCCAUGAGCUCGUGUAGCAUAACGAGUGUUGACCGAAUGACAAAAAACGACUACGAUAUAAUAGCAGAAUGGCUGUCAGAGAUUGAAUGUGAGGAGUAUGCACAGUGCUUUUCUACGGCCGGAUACGACUUGCCAACGGUAGCCCGAAUGACGCCAGAAGAUUUAACAGCCAUUGGUAUAAAGUCACCACAUCAUCGUGAGCGCAUAAAGCAACACAUUGAUGCUCUUCAGUUAUCAGACGUACUUCCCAACUACGUACCAGACAGCAUUGACGAGUGGCUGCAUUUAUUACGUCUCGAAGAAUAUGUGGAACCCAUUUUAAGUCAGGGCUACCAAACUGUGCGUGACGUGACACAAGUUCCAUGGGAAGAUCUUGAGGAUAUAGGCAUAGUACGCCUGGGACAUCAAAAAAAAAUAUUACUCGCCAUUAAGCGUAUUCAGGACAUCAUAAGUGGCAAGUGGGUAGCGUCACCAGGAUGCUCGUUACAACAGACGCGCGGAAAGAGCCUGGAGAGUCUUGAUGCUUCUACAGAUCGGUUGCAGGUCACAUAUUUAGGCCUGAAUACACCGGGUACAUAUGCAGGAUCUUACAGCAGCACUAUGAUGACUUCCUUAGCGGGUGUUACUGUACCUUGGAGGCGCUCCUAUGAUGAUGGUGAUAUUACACCCACUAAUGAGCAAUAUGAUGCAACAAGUGGUACGCUCCCACGUCGUGGUGGAACCAAGACUCGUCCUGUAGCCAAGGUGGUAGCAAUUAGUGGCAUGAUACGGCAAGUACCAUCAGAUAAAGUACGUCCAUGGAAGAAGAAACCCCCAUCUCCACCCAUACGCCAGGGGGCGCAGAGUGUUGAUUUAUGCCAGAAUAACAUAACAAAAGCAGAAGUACAUAGUGUGCGUAGUACAAGCAGCAUUGAUAGUAUUGACUCGAUGCCUUUCGCCAAUGACAACGCAGGUACGAUCAAACAGAGGAUACGCGACGGUCAUCAGGUUAUGUUAAGCAGCAGCAGCAGCAGUAGCACGAGCAGUACCAGUAGCACCAAUACGGUAGCACAUGUAUUCGAUGGUGCACCGUGCGUUGACUCUAAUGUAUUAAAUGACAUAGGCAACAUGCUGGCCAACCUUACGGAUGAACUGGAUGCGAUGUUAGAAGAAGAAAAACGGUGUGGCCUCAAUGAGAGUGAGUAAUUGUCAUUUUCCAACAUGAAAAGACUGAUGUCGUGUUUUAGCAAUAGGUGGCCCACACAAGAUCUAAUGAAUAGCUAAACUGAGUUUGAGAAAAAAUAAUAAAUAUGGAUUUCUAAUGAUUAUUAUGCCUUUUUAUAACUAGCGAAAUUUCAUAUCAGUAUAUUAAAUGUUUCGCUCAUACAAGUCUUCAUCGUGAAAUAAACAAUAGAGGAGGAGACCUCAUUAAAACAACGUUCGUGAACUUUUAAGGACGCCUUCAUACAACAACACAUUUCCUUAUUUUAAAAUAAGUUAUGAAAUUAUGAGCCUGAAAAUGGUGGCAUCAUGUCUAGUUCAAUUCUCCCAUUCAGUAUCUGAUUGAUCGCUAUGUACAUAACAAACAUAGUCCUAUAUAGUCAUAUAGUGGCUGCGUGUUUUAUGCAAGCUCAGAAAUUAGCGUUUCCAUCAUCUGAAAAGCAAGGAUUUCGCAGUGGCAGAGGACUUCUGAGGGUGCAUGGAGAAUGAUUGGACCAAGUCAGAACAAAGAGGCAUCGUUACAAAUUAAACAACAAGUAGCUAGCGCCCUGAUAACAUCUCUCCUUGGAGGCGAAGGAAGGCAGAAGACUACCGCUAAAUUGCGUAAUUCCAUCCAAGAGUACAAUACGCAAAAGAUAAUCGAAUUUAUUCAUUUAAAUGUUCAGAUUAGUCCAAGGAUUGGUCAGCUUUCUUAUAAUAUCUUAUCAUUUCCAUCUUUACCAGGUUCAGUUCCACGUGUUAGUUCUUCUUGUUAACCUUAACAAGGGCCUUCACGUAUAGACCCGGCGUCUAUCCAACAAGUCCUACAAAUCCGCAACGCUGCCGAUCAUCUCUUGCAAGUGUUUACGGAAUCGGGCACAUUAAAGGUGGAGUGGUGAUCGUUCGAUUCUGAUCGUCAGGAUAAUGAUCUAUAGAGGACUUUUUGAAUCCAUUAUGAGUAAUGGAGCUUUCAUUCGGGAGCCCUACCUGCAGAAACUUAGUUGAGAAUGUGCAAUUGACGCAGAAUAAUUUCUUGAGAAUAAUGAACACUAAUGAAAAAACAAAAAGUAUAACUAUAAAACACAAUGUAAAUAAAAAUUUUAAAAAGAGAAAAAACAGCCACGGUUGAAAUUGUAUCAAGAUGAAAACUAUAUAAACACACAACAUUCAAGGAAGUAAAAGUUGUAAAAAGCAUGAAUAAAUAUAAAACAAUAUUAUGAAAAACAAACGGUUUGUACAGUUGCUAAGAUGAGUCUGAAAAUCAUUACCCGAAUUUCAGGGAAUUAAGCUAUGUAUGCUGAUAUGCAGUUGAAGUCGAGUCACGUGACAAUGUUAUCAUAAUUUUUAGGCCAACUGAGCGUUUGAAGAG